AUUCAUCCCCUCUUAAACACCUGCUUCCAAAGCAAUGGCUUCUUCUUCUACCUCCGUGGGAUCAACCCCUGGAGGCCGGCUUUGCGAACGGGGCUGCCAGCGCCCGGCCUUCGCAGCAUAUCGGACGUGCUGCACCUAUUGCCAGGGUCCAGAGGGUCCACAUGCCCGCGACUGCGCGCAGAAGGUGGAGCUCGUGGGCUAUCGCCGGGUGAAUGAACCCCAAGCGAUCAGCGCCUCGCAGAUCGUGGUGCGCGUGAUCUCGGCAGAGCUCUACCGGAGCUUUGACAAGUUCGGUCGCAUGGAUCCCUUUGCGCUGGUCGAUUGGUGCUACGAAGAUGGACGUGUUGUGAGCAUAGGCAGAACGAAGACUGCAGCAAGACAGCACAUGACUCCUGUGUGGGAGCAUAGCUGUAAGAUGAUGGCCUACUCUGGCAAUGGCAGUGGUGACAAGCUGCGCUUUCAGGUGAUGGAGGAGAACUUCCUGGGCUUCGGCAAGUCCACCUUCUGUGGCGAUGCCACGGUGCCCGUGGACAUGCUGCUCAGUGGUGCCAGGACCGUCUCCGUGGGCUUUAUGCAGACGCAGCCACAGCCCAUUCCACUCUACAAGCGCGGGGAAAACACCGGGCGGAUCGUCGUGCAAAUUCUCAUCCACUUGCCCGAGAAUGAUGAGCAGGUUGCUGACCUCACGUAUGUGGACACCGAGAAGUUUGUGACUCCGGUGCAGAGACUCGGAGUGUCUGGUGGUACUGCGCCGUUCUUCAGCCUUCAGCUUACAAAGCCAGAGGGCAAGAGAUUCGGUGAUUACUGGAUUGGCAAGGAUUUGAGUCGGGCGACCGACGAAGUGCAGUUUUAUGAGAAGGUCAAGAGCUUGAGCAAGCAUUCGAGUCGCGAGGUGCAAGCGUUGUACAACUUCAUGUUCGAGUACGAUGGCAUUCUAAAAACAACCGAGAAAGAUGUGGAGGAUCCGGGUCCUUUGGAGCUUCUGGUCUUACAAAACAUGCGACAUGGCCGAAAGUCUUUGAGGCUUUUGGACAUCAAGGUGGGAGAGAAGACGGCAGCUGCAAACUGGAAAGGCAAGUCACGCCUGGCAGCGCUGCGACAAGCCUUGAUUGAUGAGCACACCAACUCCCAGGCCGAAGGCUUCCGCCUGGAGGGCUUUGAUGGCCAGACGCCGGUGCUGUUGUCCAUGGAUCCUCUACUGGAUAUCGGUGGCGAGGAGGGCCACAGCAAAUCCACGCAGAAAAAGGCACGGCGCUUGAUGCUCCAAAGACUUCCAGCUGCUGACAUGCUGACGCAUUUCUUAGACUUGCAUAGCUAUGAUCCACAGAAGCAUCCCUCGAGCGAGCUGGCAGAGGUGGUCUUAGAUGAGAUUUGCAAGAAGCUGGUUGGCCUCACAGUGGCCUGUUGUAGCACACAAGCACCCCAGAAAUGGAUAGGCAGUUCGGUAGCCUUGGGAUUUGAUGAUGCCUUCGCCGAAAACAUUGCACAUCAAGACGGUGAAGGCUUUUCGCCCGAGCAGGAAGCUGACCUCCGGAAGAGUGUUUUGGUCAAGAUCUUCGAUUGGGGCAGGUCGGAGCUCAAUACGCUGGAGGAGCACUCGACACGCAGUGCAGAGGAGCAGCAGGACCGCCUGGACUUUUGGCGCCUUUAUGUGGGAGGAAUCCAGAGGCUGGCAUGGGAGGCAGCGCGAGCCUACCGCCACCGCUUCGGCAACUCCGACAGCUGGGCGAAAGUGCAACUGGUGGUCUAUGACUUUGACUCCAUGACUGACAGCGAUUUCAUGGGUCAGGUCUUUGUGGAUUUAGCAGAGACUCCAGAGACCACGGCCCCGCUGCUCACGGCAGAUGGUGCCCCGGUCGUCGGCAAGGAGGGAGAAGCUACCAUCACCUACUCCAUUUCUUGGAGAAGGUUUCACGCCGCAAGUCGCUUGCAAGGGGCUUGGAGCGUGCGGAUCAUUCGCGCAGAGAAGUUGCCAGUGUGUGACACCUCGGUGUGGCCUUUGAGUGGCUCCUCCGACCCCUUCGUCAAAGUCUUCGCCUUUAGCACCGAGGAGAGCUACCGCUGUGUGCAGCGAUCCACUGUGAAAGUCAAGAACUUGGAUCCUGUCUGGGAGGAGACUUUUGACCUGCCCAUUGGAAAGCCUGAGCACGCCAACUUAGAGGCAAUCGUGGGCUCCCCGAAGGCCGAGGAUUUCCCCAUUGGCUUAACCUUACCAGCCGUGAUCUACACUUUGGAGGUGCCGAAGGCAGAAGCAGAGGGCCUGAAAUACUGGACCGAGCUGAUGCACACGAUUUGCGGUCGGCAAUUCCGGAGCUUCCUGGUGUGAAGGCUGCCGCAACAGGUCUCCUGAGGCCUUUACGAUCUUUUUUGCUGAGAAAACUCAGUGUCCACGUGGUACCCAGCUGCAUCUCUGCAGCCAAAGAAACGUUGUACAAGUGCCGCUUUAGGCUGCGAGGAAUUUCUGGAUCCAACAAAAUACAUUGGCUGCCUGCAC